CUCCAUCGCCUGUGGCUUAUGACAGACGGGGAAAGCGAGAAGUGGAAGCCCCGGAUCCGUCUUCAAGCGAAAAUAGAAAAGAGAUCGCUGUGUCCAGUUUUUAUCUCGUUUUUAGCGGCAUCUUUCAGUGCAGCACAAGUUCGGGGCCCGAGGAGCGGGCUGUGUCAUUGUCUGUAGGAUGUCCCGCCAUGAAGGUGUGAGCUGUGAUGCAUGUUUAAAAGGAAACUUCAGGGGGCGCAGAUACAAGUGUUUAAUUUGCUACGAUUACGACUUGUGUGCAUCUUGUUACGAAAGUGGAGCCACUACAACUAGACACACCACGGAGCACCCUAUGCAGUGCAUACUAACCAGGGUAGACUUUGAUCUGUAUUAUGGCGGAGAGGCAUUUUCAGUAGAGCAGCCCCAGUCGUUUACCUGUCCCUAUUGUGGUAAAAUGGGUUACACAGAAGUUUCUCUACAGGAGCAUGUCACUUCAGAGCAUGCAGAGACCUCCACGGAGGUGAUCUGCCCGAUAUGUGCAGCUUUGCCUGGAGGUGACCCCAAUCAUGUGACUGAUGACUUUGCUGCUCAUCUCACACUUGAACACAGAGCACCAAGAGAUUUGGAUGAAAGCAGCGGCGUGCGGCAUGUGCGCAGGAUGUUUCAUCCCGGGCGUGGGCUGGGUGGGCCACGGGCACGGAGGACUAACAUGCACUUUACUAGCAGCUCCAACACAGGGCUUUCCUCCUCACAAAGCUCAUCCUACUCUCCAAGUAAUAGGGAAGCCAUGGACCCUAUAGCAGAGCUUCUGUCUCAGCUGUCAGGUGUGCGGCGUUCAGCAGGCGGUCAGUUAAAUCCUUCGGGCCCGUCAGCCUCACAACUCCAACAAUUGCAGAUGCAACUGCAGCUUGAGCGGCAGCAGGCACAGGCAGCACGCCAGCAGCUGGAAACUGCACGCAAUGCUACACGCCAGCGCAGCAAUGCCAGCAACAUUAGUGCCAGUAUGCCACCGCCCAGCACCACAACAAACACAGUCAUAACCGAGAGCAACCCAGUGGUCACCCACAGCUCCCAGUUUCUUCUUGCACGAUUAAAUGAGCCAAAGAUGUCAGAGGUGGAGCGCCAGGCUCUGGAAAGUGAACGAGCAGACCGUAGCCUCUUUGUGCAGGAGCUACUACUGUCGACACUGAUGCGUGAGGAGAGCUCUUCCUCAGAUGAGGAUGAACGCCGAGACUUCGCUGACUUUGGUGCCAUGGGCUGCGUGGAUAUCAUGCCUUUGGACGUGGCGCUGGAGAACCUCAACCUGAAGGAGAGCUCUGCAGGCAAAGAGCCUCCACCUCCUCCUCUUUGAUGAUAUCCCACCAUCACGCAGACACUGUCCUCUGUGCUGUAACUGCCAAUGACGGUGGGCAAACACACAGCUCUCAAUUUUUUUUUCCUUUUGGCUUUUUUGUGAUUGUUUCACAUCUGUCACCUCUGUUACAUUGUAAAAAUCCAUUAAAAAGUGAGUGACAGAAAAACAAGUGAGAAUAAGCGUGUGAAAGAAUUACUAAAUACAGUGCAAAUGUGAGUGUAGGUAGCUGUGGCAGACCUCUGCUUCCUGUGUCUAACAAAAGGCUCUUCUUAUAAAUACUCCACAUUCAAAAACUGAAGACAGAAUCCUUCUCUAUUGAAGCUGCUGUGUGUAUUUAUGAAUAGUAAUUAAUAAAAAGUGCUUGGAUGAUUUA